AUGUUUUCACUUGGACAAAGUGCACCGUAUCGUGAAUCGAUCAAUGAAGCCAAAGUUGCAGCUGCUUCUGUAUGGGAUAUAUUUUCUUCAGAUGAGGAAAACACACGGACUUCUGAUGAAAAAAUAUCGAAUGUGAAUUUUCUUGGCAAUGUGAAGUUCGAUAAUAUAUUUUUUUCUUAUCCAUCAAGAUCAGAUGUACCUGUUCUUCAUGGUUUGAGUUUCGAAGCAACACCUGGUCAAACUUUAGCCUUAGUAGGCACAAGUGGCUGUGGUAUAAAGUAUGAUAUUUCUCCACUUUCGACACUAUUUGCGUAUUACUUAGGAAAAUCUACAUGUAUGCAGCUAUUACAACAAUUUUAUAAACCAACUAGUGGACAAAUAUUGCUUGAUGAUCAACCUAUCGAGUAUUUUGAUUUACAACUACUACGUCAAAAAAUAGGUGUUGUAAAUCAAGAACCAGUACUUUUUUCAACAACAAUUUUGAAAAAUAUUCAGUAUGGUCAGUCAAAUGCAACUUUUGCCGAUAUUCAAGAAGCGGCCAUGGCAGCUAAUGCACACAAUUUCAUCAUGUCUUUACCCGAUAAAUAUGACACGAUAGUCGGUGAACGUGGUGCACAAUUGUCAGGUGGUGAACGACAGCGAAUUGUUAUUGCUCGAGCACUAGUAAGAAAGCCAAUAUUAUUACUAUUGGAUGAAGCAUCUAGUGCACUUGAUAAUCAAAGUGAAAAGACAGUUCAACAAGCACUGGAAAAAGCAUCGAAAGCUAUACUGAAAUUGAAUCGACCAGAAUUACUUCUAAUCAUUAUUGGUGCUUUUACAUCUAUUUUCAAUGGUGGUCUUGAACCAGCAUCUUCUAUUUUACUCAGUGAAAUAAUUGGAGUAUGA